AAGUCACAGUUAAAAUGCAUGCGGCAAGUCCUGUCUGAUGUGGGAUUACGGAGUUUUUAUUCGCCCCUUUUUCUUCACCAUGUUCGAACUUUGGUUUUGGCUCUUUUUUCGAGAUGAUGCUGCUUAUUUCAGGAAGAAUACCGGAUCCUGCUCACUGCCUGGCACGUUAUUAUUGGCCUGAAUGAGACUGUCCUCUCCGAUCGCUUUGGUUUAUGGAGCUAAACACCGAGGAGACUUGACUUUAAGGAUUUUUUUUUUGACAGCCAAAACGGAAGGGCGGGCGGUGAAAUCCAUGUUUUCUGUGAGCUUGGAGGAAAAAGAAGGCGCACAGCCGUGAUUUUUCGGGAUGCUUUGGCGUUUACCGGGAUCAGAACGAUGACACCUCAUACUGGUACCUACUGCACUUGAGCGAGCUGGGGCAUCCUCUCCCAGGAAAAAUGCAUAUCUGGAUCCUAAAAAUAAUCCUUCUGAUUGCAUCAUCUCUGAGGCUGGUCGAGAUGUAUGACAAUUAUGGGGAGAUCUGUCGAAACCUGUGUACGUGCGAAGAGAAGGAAGGGGUCCUGACGGUGAGCUGCGAGAACCGGGGGAUCAUCCGGCUGACGGAGAUCAGCCCGGUGCAUUUCUCCAUGUACCACCUCCUGCUGACGGGGAACCUCCUGAAGAAGCUGUCGGUCAACGAUUUCAUCAACUACACUGGGGUGACCAUCCUGCACUUGGGGAACAAUGAUAUCUCAGAGAUCGAGUCGGGUGCCUUCAAUGGACUCCAGGGAUUAAAACGUUUGCACCUGAACAACAACAAGAUCGAAGUUUUAAGGGAUGACACUCUGGCAGGGCUGGAGAGCUUGGAAUAUCUCCAGAUUGAUUAUAACUACAUCACUAAUAUAGAGCCCAACGCCUUGAGCAAACUACACCAAUUAACAGUCAUGAUUUUGAACGACAACCUCCUCUCUUUCAUGCCCCCUAAUAUUUUCCGGAAUGUCCCCCUUACGCACUUGGACCUAAGGGGGAACCGGUUAAAAGUGUUCCCCUACAUCGGCCUCUUGGAGCACAUGGACAAAGUUGUGGAAUUACAGCUGGAGGAGAAUCCUUGGAAUUGCUCGUGCGAGCUGAUCGCUCUGAAGGCUUGGCUGGAGAGUAUAGCUUACACGGCGCUAGUAGGGGAGGUGGUGUGCGAGACGCCGUUCAGGCUCCACGGUAGAGACCUGGACGAGGUCUCCAAGCAGGAACUCUGUCCGAGAAGACCCCCAGAAGACACGGUGAGGCCUGCGCCUCCGAGCAGCACCAAUGGAUACUACCAGACCACGCCUGCUGCCGUCACGGCCUCCGCGACCUCCUCGGCAGUUUUUAGGUCGUCAUCUAGGCCUACCAAGGGCACAAGGCAAUUCAACAGAACUAGGUUAAAGCCCACGUCACGAAUACCAGGUGGCAACCCUUACAAUUAUGGCCCAAUGAUUUCUUUUCAGACCAAAUCUCCUGUGCCUUUGGACUGUCCCACUGCCUGCACUUGUAACCUGCAGAUCUCUGAAAUUGGGCUUAAUGUCAACUGUCAAGAGAGAAAGAUUGAGAGCAUUUCUGAUCUAAAACCCAAGCCAUACAAUCCUAAAAAGAUGUAUCUCACUGGAAAUUACAUCCCUGUGGUGCGGAGAUCAGAUUUUGUUGAUGCCACUGGAUUGGAUUUGCUUCACUUGGGUAACAACAGGAUAAGUCUUAUACACGACCGGGCUUUUGGGGAUUUAACCAACCUGCGUAGGCUGUAUUUAAAUGGUAAUCUCAUGGACAGGCUGACAGGAGAGAUGUUUUUUGGUUUGCAGAACCUGCAGUAUCUUUAUUUAGAAUACAACAAAAUCAAGGAGGUCGACGCGGGCACCUUCCGCUACCUCCCUAAUCUCCAGCUGCUUUUCCUCAACAAUAACCUCCUGAAAACCUUACCUGUGGGCAUCUUUUCCAGCCUUUCCCUCUCUAGGCUUAACCUACGUAACAACCAUUUCCAGAACCUGCCUGUGAGUGGGGUUUUAGACCAGCUGAAGCUGUUAUUGCAGAUAGAUUUGUUCGAAAACCCUUGGGACUGCUCUUGCGACAUAGUAGGGAUGAAGAUAUGGCUGGAGCAGUUGAACGCAGGGACUGUCGUGAACGAGGUGGUUUGCGAGACGCCAAGGCGCCACGCCGGUAUGGACGUACGCUCGAUUCAGUCGGAGCAGCUCUGCCCGGACUACUCGGACACCUACGUUUCGCCGACUCCCCCGACGGAGGAGCCCAUGGACGACCGAGUCGUCACCACAAGCGCCCCGCAGAAGAUCGAAACGCCCAGCAGCACCGUCCCGCUCUCCGUCCUCAUCCUCAGCCUCUUGCUCGUCUUCAUCAUGUCUGUCUUUGUGGCGGCCGGGCUCUUCGUCGUGGUCAUGAAAAAGCGCAAAAAGUCUCAAAGUGACCGCACUAGCACCAACAACUCAGACGUGAGCUCGUUUAACUUGCAGUACAGCCUGUACAGCAACAGAUCGGGCCCUAAAGUGAAGGCCCCGGCAGGCCACGUCUACGAGUACAUCCCCCACCCUAUGGGUCACAUGUGCAAAAACCCCAUUUACAGGUCACGGGAGGGGAACACAGUGGAGGAUUACCGUGACCUCCAUGAGCUCAAAGUCACAUAUAGGAGUACGCCGGAUGAAGAGAGGGAUAGCAGUGCGAUGCGGAGCCCAGCAUACAGCGUUAGCACCAUUGAGCCACGUGAAAACCCCUCCCCUGUGCAGGAUGCCGACCAUUUCUUCAGAGGCAUCCUGGAGCCGGAUAAGCAGCCCCCUCACCAGUCAAUGGCAUCCAUUCCUGCAGGUGCCAAUUUAGAGUACAAGUACACAGGGCCUGUGUCGUACACGUACAACCCAAAUUUUGAUGUCAGACGUCAGUUCUUGCACCCGGAGAGGAUAAGAGAAACGGUGCUCUACGGCACAGCACCCAGUACUGUUUAUGUGGAGCCCAACAGGAAUGAAUACCUGGAGCUUAAAGCGAAACUCCAGUCUGAGCCCGAUUACCUCGAAGUUCUUGAGAAACAGACCACCUUUAGCCAGUUCUGAGCGACAGAAUCCCUAAUGAAGCAUUUUGACCCUCCUUGAAAUAAACAGUUUUUAAGGGUGCCUUGGCACGACACAAACAAAGCAAAAGCAAAGGAAACGGGGUGUGCCGAACAAUCUUAUUCUUAUUUCUGAAACAUGACAUUACAGGAAUGGAUACAGCUUUCUGAAACAUGGAUGAACAACUACUUAACUGAUGAUGCAAAAUCUAUUUUUCUAUGGUGAAGAUCGAAUAACACACAAAAAUGUACAGGUAAAUCUUACCCAAAACGUUCAUUUUCAGGAAUAUAACCAUACAUAAGGUAUAUUGUGAAUCAGAAAAGAAAUGUUUAUAAGAAUCACUCCUGGACAAAAACACUGUACAGCAGAUCAUCAAACUGUGUAGGACUAUUUUCUGCUGUAGUCUGUAAGUAAGUAUUUAUUGAUAUAAUCUGCCAUGUCUUUUCAAAACUUUUGAUUCUACAUCAAUAUUACCUGUGUCAUCAUACUCCAUGAUCCUCUGGAAAGGCUUCUGUUUGUAGUUUCAUUUACUGUAGCUCUGCAUUGUAAAAGUGGCUUUUUUUGAGAGUGGCACACCCCCAAAAAUGUUCAAAAAAGACUGCGUCAUUUGAAGAAGAUUAAAAAAAAAAAGAAGUGUCUUUGUAUGCUUUCUGCACUUUUUGGAAAUUGGAAGGCGAUGUCAGCCUUCGAUGAGCUCUC